AUGGAUUGUAAAAAGGCCAUUUUAGCCCAUUUUGACAGUCGCACAUUGGAGUUGUUGCAAAAUGGUCAAGAAAUGGAGAUUGAUACCAAUGACUUUAACACUAUGAGUUUGACAAUGCCUAACGCGAAUAUCCAACUUCAGGUGCAAAAAGACGUGCCCGAUUCAGCUAUUUAUUCCAGUGUUGAUUCCCAAAAUCUCCGCUAUGUGGGCCGUGCCUGGCAAGCCAACGUGUCUUCUGUUCAAUACAAGAAAGAAGAAAAGGUACCCAAGCAAGUUGACAAGAGCCUCCAUGAUGAUCAUCGUCAAGUACCCUCUCUCACUGAAGGCAGCAGAAGUGGUGGAGCCACGGAUGUCAAGACCGCCAAGAAGCCAGUCCCUCCUCCUCCUGUCUCUACUCCACAAAGAAAGGACAAAGGCAAGGGCAAAGAAGUGGCGCCUGCUCCUAUUGAACCUGUUUCUGUCUACAGAAUCCCUGCCACGCCUCGAAAGGAUAAAGGCAAAGGCAAAGAAUUCGCGUCUCCCAUUGAAACUGCACCUGGGUCCUCUUACAGAAAUCCUGGUCUUCCCGCUGCCACGCCUCAAAGAAGAGACAAAGGCAAAGGCAAAGAAGUUGCUCCUCCUAUCGAAACUGCUCCUGGGCCUUCCUACAGGAAUCCUGGUCUUCCCACUGCCACGCCUCCAAGAAGAGAUAAGGGCAAAGGCAAAGAAGAGGCGCCUCCCAUGGAUACUACGCCUGGACCUUCCUACAGAAAUCCUGGUCUUCCCACUGCCACGCCUCAAAGAAGAGAUAAGGGCAAAGGCAAAGAAGUGGCGCCUCUCAUGGAUACUACGCCUGGACCCUCUCACAGAAAUCCUGGUCUCCCCGCCACGCCACGCUCCCAAACAUCGGGUCUACCUGUACCGAAAUCAUCGCCACGUACAAGAACGCCUCCUGCCGUCAAUAUUUACAUGAAAAAGCCAGCUGCUAAAUCGCCUGCCGGUGUACACAAAAAGGCCUCCAGCGCUUCUACUCCCAUCAAGAAAGCCCCUUCGCCUGCUAGCAAAAAAGUAGCCUCCCAUGUUCCCACAGAAGCAAAAUAUCCUCUUCACACGCGUAUUAUGCAACGCAUCGCCCUUCGCCCCUCAAGUGUUUCCACUUUGGUCAAUUACUUGAGUCGAAACCAAGCGCGCAAAGUGAACUCUAUUGAUGUAACGAAUAUUGUUACAGCUUGCGGUAUUGAAAUCACUGCAAAUGAUCGUAGAAAAUAUUGCCUCAAACCUCAAUAUUAUCCAGAAAUCAUGGUAGACGAUUGGCCAUUCUAUAACGAAGAAGACAGAGACAUCGUUCGGUAUAACAUUGAAGAAGCUGCUAUUUUAUUACAGGAGGCAAGCAAAAAGCAGAAACGUGAACUUGAAGAAAGAACAAGCUCUCCUAGAGUUAAAAAGCAAAAGCAAUCUCCCCCGGCUCGUUGUCCCACGCCUCCUUUGAAGAGAUCCUCUGCUAGACCCGGUACCGCCCAUAGGAAACCUACUCCGGUCAUGCCACCUGCUGCCUCCACCACACCCACGACCCGCCCUUCCCCAACUGCUGUCUCCACCACACCCAAGACUCGCCCUUCUCCCACUGCUGCCUCCACCACACCCAGGACCCGCCCUUCUCCACCUGCUGCCUCCUCCACACCCAAGACUCGCCCUUCUCCAAGCGUGGCCUCUGUGCGCUCUCUUUUGGCUAAAACGCAUGCUGCUGUUACUCCCUCCCCUCCUCAGCAUAACUUUUACCAGCCUGAAUCCAUACGAAUUACGCUGAUUGGUUCCCAAGAAAGGUUCAUUCAUUACUGUAGGCGACACAAUGCGAUGCAAAGAAGAUACCUUAAACUGAAGCAUAUCCUCAAGACCAAAUACCCCACCUUUAUGAAUAUUCUUGCUACUACCCUGCCGCCCACAAGAGCCACUUCCUACCAAAACCUUCUGGAGCAAUAUCGUGAGAUGCUAAAGUCUGCUUACAAGGACAGCGACAAGGACAGCGACAAGCACUUUGACACUAUUGAAGCCAUUGCUUCGGAGCUCCUUAAAACAAGGGACCGAUUGAAUUAUUUAUGGAAAUCACUCAGUCUUAGCGUCAAGAUGUACAACUAUACCAUUCCGCAAUAA